UUGGCUAUAAUUUCAUUAAUUGGUAAUGGACUUGUUUGUCGUGUACUAUUAAAACCUAAACAAUCAUCAUAUACAUUACCUAUUACAUCAUCAAAUGGUACGGGUACAUCAAAAUUAUUGAUAAUUAAUCUAGCAAUUUCCGAUCUAUUACUUACAACAUUCAAUAUACCCAUGAAUAUUGUACGUUUUGUUAGCCGUGAUUGGCCAUUUGGUUCAUUAAUCUGUACAAUGAUGCCUUUUAUACAAUCAGUUUCGGCUUAUUGUUCAGCAUGGACAAUGAUGAUUAUUGCAUUUGAACGUUAUCGAAAAGUUUUUCAUCCUCGUACAAUGUUUCGUCUACGUAAUUUAUAUCGAAAUAAUCAUUAUAAUCGAAAAAAAAUUUAUAAUAAUAAUCAAAAACAUCGUAAUAUAAACAACAUUAAUGGAAAUCGAAAUUCAAGCUGCACUAUGAUACAAACAAAUUUUUCGGAAAAUUGUAUUCGUUAUUCGGUUGAUUCUUCGAUUGAUUUGGAAAAAGUAGAAAUUUCUACAAAUACAAAUCGUUUCUGUAUUCAUCAUCAAUGUCAUCAUAAUCAACAACAACAACAACAACAAAUUCUGAAUAGAAAAUUUUUUCCAAAUUUUUAUCAAACAAUCGAAAGAAUUUUAUUAAAUUUACGUUAUUCCACCACCACCAGUCAUUAA